AUGGUUGCAAAGAAGGUUUCUCCAUCGCAAUUGAAGGCCUUAAAAUUCAUUAGAAAACAUACCAGGCUAUGCAAAAAUCCAAUUGAUCCUGAAAGCAAUACUUCUCAAUGCAUUGUGCGUAUUCCGGUGUCCCUGUAUGUUUCAUUGGCACCUGUUUAUCAACAGCAACCAUUAGAAGGCAUAAAGAGGCAGCAUUUAAACCCUAUGGUAAUGAAAUACAACGCAGAUGUCUCUGGAGUAAUACUUGGUUAUGAAAAUGUUAGCAUUCUGAGUGAAGACCCAUUAAGUGAAGAUUCAACCGAUUCUCCAGCUCACAGCCUUAUUAAAUUAACUCCAGACACGCCCUUUGGGUUCACCUGGUGUCAGUUAAAUCUCAUCGUCUGGUCCCCACAAAUCGGCGAUAUAGUAGAAGGUUGGAUCUUUAUACAGUCCGCUUCGCACAUUGGUUUAUUGAUCCACGAUGCAUUUAAUGCGUCAAUUAAAAAAAAUAGUAUACCAAAUAAUUGGACUUUUAUUCAUACUGAUGAAAGUGGAUCGACUAUGGGUGAAAACGGUCAAGACUCUAUUGGCGUUAAGAGGAGUCGUUCGCUAGGACACUGGGUUGAUAGCAACGGUAAACAAAUUGAUGGAAAGCUUAAAUUUACAAUCAAAAAAGUAUACACCACUGGGAGGAUGGUUUCCUUGGAAGGUUCCUUAUUAAACGAAGAUUGCGCUUCCCGCUCUCAGGCAGAGAACUUACCAGUUGUAUCUAAUACCAAGAUUGUAUUUGAUGAUGAGGUAUUUCAGGAAAAUAAAGAAUCUCACAAGGACUUGGAAUUAAGUGUCGUUAAGGAAGAUAACGGCGAUGAGAUUGUUUAUGAGAAAGAUUCUAGUGACAGCGAUUCUAGUCAUAGCGACUAG